GAUCUGUCGGUGGGACUCGCGCUUUUGUGGUCAUAGCACAUUGCCUGGGAUAGGUUCUGUGUGAUACCAAAAAUUAUUUUUUUGCUAAUUUUGUUUUGCUCACCUUUUUAUAACUAACUUUUGGACAUUCGAUUCUCUAGAAUUCAGCUUUCUACAAUUUCAUCCCCUCCUCGUCCGAUUUUUGCUGACGAAAAGAGGCAAGCGGUCACUGACUGGGUGAGAAUUUCCCUCUUGACAAGCCCAUUAUCAAAACGUCUGAAAGAGAAUGGGAAAAAUUUCAAAAUGAAGUGGAAAAUAUUUGUGUAUCUCAUGAGCGUUAUUUUGCCAUUUGUGUUGCUUCCAUUAGCGUUGUCUUCACACCAAGAAUUGCAGUGUGCAUAUGUAAUGAUAAUAAUUGCUGCUUAUUGGAUAUUGGAGCCAGUUUCAAUUGCUGCAGUUGCAAUGCUUCCUAUGGUCCUUUUCCCAGUAUUAGGCAUCAUCAGUGCAACAGAGGUCUGCAAAAAUUACAUGAAGGAAGGCUACAUGGCAUUCAUUGGAGGUGUGAUGGCUGCCUUAUCGAUGGAGAGCUGUAAACUGCACGAAAGAAUUGCUCUCAAAGUUCUGCUUCUAGUCGGUGCAGAGAUUAAGUGGCUUCUUCUUGGUUUAAUGCUUACAACGACGUUCAUGUCCAUGUGGAUGUCUAACACAGCAACAACAGCAUUAAUGGUCACCAUUGUUGACGCCUUGGUUGGAGAAAUCAGUUCGAAUACGACAGAAAUGCAUCUAGAUGAGAAUAAUGCUGUUAUUGGCAGUAAUUAUAUCUACAGUCUUGAAGAAAUUGGCAAGACAAGAAAUACCACUAAAAGCAAAAGAAAUAAAUCUUGUGCUUUGAGAAUAACAUUACUUCUGGGUGUCUGCUAUGCCGCCAAUAUUGGAGGAACUGGAACAUUAAUAGGAACCGGUUCAAAUUUGGCGUUCAUAGCAAUGCUUGAAAAAAUUUAUCCAGGUAGCGAGGAAAUUUCUUUUGCCACUUGGAUGAUGUACAAUGUACCUGGAGUAUUUUUAUGUACUAUCAUUGGUUGGUUCUACCUAUGGCUGAUAAACAUCUACUUCUCAAAAAUGAAGCAAAAUGACGAAUCAAAGGAUGAAAUUUAUGGAAUAAUUUCAAAAAGAUAUGGACAAUUAGGCACUUUAACGUCACAUGAGAUAUCUGUGAUCGUACUGUUUUCUCUACUAAUCGCCUUAUGGAUAUUUCGAGACCCGAAAUUCAUACCAGGGUGGUACACUGCUCUAGGUUUCAAGUUAAAAGUUGGCGAUUCAACUACAGCUAUUGCUAUUCUUUUUUUGAUGUUCUUCCUGCCAUCAAAUUUUCGGGAUUUGGACAGUCCGCGCAUUCUGGAAUGGAAAACAGCUCAAGCAAAGUUUCCCUGGGCAGUUAUUUUUCUUGUAGGAAGUGGAGCUUCUUUGGCCCAGGGUGCUCAGGUAUCUGGACUUUCGCAUUCCAUUGGUUCAAUGUUAUCAGCAUUGAAAGCUUUACCUCCUGGAUUAAUUGUUACCAUCACCUGCUUCAGCACAGCAGCGGCUACAGAAAUUUUUUCGAAUUUAACCACAACUGUGAUUUUGCUGCCAAUUUUGAGUCAGAUGGCUCUAAGUAUCGGUAUAAAUCCUUUGUAUCUAAUGUUGCCAGCAACUGUUGUGUCUUCAUACGCUUUUAUGUUACCUGUUGCCACUAUUCCAAAUGCCAUAGUUUUUGAAGAGGGUAACAUGAAGACAUUGGACAUGCUAAAGCCGGGUAUUGCCAUGAACAUACUGUGUUGCUGCAUUCAACUAGCUACUCUCCAUACCAUUGGUGUACCGUUGUUUGAUCUGAACAAGUUUCCAAGCUGGACCAUUAACAGCAACCUUACUAGUAUUGAAAAUGUGAUUUUUAAUGCGACACAAAUUCAAAAUAAUACUUCGAUUUUAUGAAUUGAAUUCAUUCAGUUUUAAGAUCUGAUACAUUUUUUGGACUCUUGAAAAUACCUUAACAGAUUUUUUACAGCAAGGAAAAUACUUUAUUUGGAUAUAUUUGCGGACUGAAAUUUCUGUAAUUCUUGGUAAAUAUGUUAUAAUGUAAUCCUGUUAACUUAUAUAAAAAAAAUUAAUAUUUCAUUUUUUUCUUUGUGUAUCUUGUUUAUGUCAAUCAAGAACAGCAGUUAUGUUAUAUUUAGCUUGCA